UAUGCGUCGGACAGAGCGGAAGUUGAGUGUGGGACGCUAUUUGGCGCACGCGCAAGAGGAAAGUGGUAGAAUACGCAUGUGCUGAGAAAGGGGCAACAGGAAGGUGCCCCGCUGUACUGCGCGCGCGCCGGAAUCCGAGUCAACGGUUGCCGGUCGGGAGGCUGAGGGGCUCCUACAGUGCGCUUCCCGCCUGGGCCCGGGCCGACGGCGCUCCAUCGGGAUGGACGGAGACUUCCUGCUGGCGCUGCGGUUACAAGCGCAGUGGGAGGAAGAGGAGGAAGCGGCGGCGGUAGCGGCAGCGGCCUGUAGCGAGUCCCCGCGCGGCUCCUCAGCGCCGCCGCGGCCGCUCUCCGUGGUGGACGAGGCCUGGGAGCUGCUGGACCCGAGCCCCGACGUCCGCGGCCUCUUCGUGCAGUUCAACGAGACGCUCUUCUGGGGGAAGCUGGCGGCCGUGGCGGUGACGUGGAGCCCGCGCAUGACGCUAUGUGCUGGAGUGUGCAGCUAUGAAGGAAGAGGUGGGAUGUGUUCCAUCCGCCUUAGUGAGCCACUCUUAAAGCUAAGACCAAGAAAGGAUCUUGUAGAGACACUCUUACAUGAAAUGAUUCAUGCCCUGUUAUUUGUCACUAACAAUGACAAAGACCAUGAAUCCCAUGGACCAGAGUUUUGCAAACACAUGCGUCGUAUCAAUCGCAUGACUGGAGCCAAUGUUACAAUCUAUCACGACUUUCAUGAUGAGGUGGAUUCAUAUCGCCAACACUGGUGGCGAUGUAAUGGCCCAUGUCAGAGUAGAAAACCUUAUUAUGGAUAUGUGAAACGCGCAAUGAAUAGGGCACCCUCUGCGCGAGACUUCUGGUGGUCUGACCACCAACAGACCUGUGGAGGAACAUUCUCAAAAGUAAAGGAGCCAGAGAACUAUUCUAAAAAAGGCAAGGAGAAAACCCAGCUAGGAAAACUUUCAAACUCUGAGCCAUCUGAUACCAAAGGAAGGAUACAUGGAGGUGAUAUACGAAGCCUAAUUCCUUUUAGUGGAAAAGGAUAUCAGCUUGGAGGAGCAGGCCUUUGGUCCUCUGAGAGACACAAAAGUUCCAACAGUAUUAAGGGCAGAGAAAUACCCAGUCCACAAUGUUAUUCAGCAGCUGGAACCGCAAGAUCAGUUCCUAAAAAUGAACUAAAAUUUGAACCAAACACAUUCAGUACUAGCAUUUCCCAUCCAGUUUUUACUGAUCGCUCCAAUCAUAAGAACAGCUUUGCUUUGAACCACAAGUUUCCUAAAAUAUCUGUCGCUAAUACAAAAGCUUACAGGAAUGUUGAUGGGUCGCCUGUUAAAAUUUCUCCUGUUAAUGGAGGAAAUUUGAACCAAAGUCCUACAAAUGCCAAGUCGGUUUUUCCAUCUUCUAAUGAGACACCAAAACAAACUUCCUUUGAACAAUCUGAGACAACUCUAAGAUCCUGGGUUUCAUCCCAGGGAAACAGCAGCUUUGAAAAUGGUGGUAUACCACAGAAACGGCCGAAAACGGAAGACAAAUCUGCCUUUGUAAACUACUUUAUAAAGAGAGAGAGUACUGAUGGCACUUCUAGAACUAACACUCCUAUAAAAAACAAUGCUGAACCAACAGUGUCCUCUGAAAGUUGUAGUUCUGCUGUUAGUCAGGAUAAAAAAGUUAGUUGUCCCGUUUGCCAGACCGAGGUUUUGGAGACCAAAAUAAAUGAACACCUAGACUCUUGUCUGACAUAACCUUUGAAAUGCAAUAUCACAACUAAGUCUAAGAAUUGUUUGAAAUCUUCAAAUUACAUUGCUCAGGGUUUAUCCAAUUAUGAUUGUUAUUGUGUGCCUGUACACUGGCCUGUAUUGUCUAAGCUGGAAACUUUCCUAUAUGUGUAAAGUGGAGUCUGAAUUUCAGCAUGAAGGGAGGGCAGUUCUGAUCCUAACAUGCAACUCAAAAAAAAAAAAAAAAUUAGAUUUAUAGACUCUCCCGGUGCUCGUGUCCCAAAGAGCCUAAGGGUAUAUGUACGCUACCAAGCCUACAUCAGCAAAUUAUGCCAGCACAGGUGACAGGAGGAGGAAUUCUGUUGGUGUGGGAACAGCGCCUCCCUGAACGAUUUUAGCUGUGCCAGCAGAAGCCCUCUUCUGUCCAUAUAGCUGUGGUCUGUGCUGGUGGUGUAGUUGGAAUAAGUGUGUCGCUAUGAGGUAUGGUUUUUCUACACCCCGACCAACAUAGCUAUGUCGGUAUAAAUUUUGAAGUGUAGACCAGGCCAAAUACACUCCUGAUUUUAGUAAAUGCAGUUGUGGUUGGGUUACAUUUUUAUUGCAGAACCUAAGAAGGUCUCUUCCCAUGGUAACACUUACUAGAUUCUGAAAUCUUAGAUGAUUUCUAAAAGCAACUUAACGUUUUUAAUCAUGUUUUGUCUUUUUGUACUUUUCCUCGGUCCCCAAAAUGUUCUUUAACUCAUCCCUCACCACCUUUUAAAUUUAACUUCUAAAUUGUCCCCUUCCACAUAAACUGAUACCAACUUAUCAAUUUGCCACAAUGAAAAUAGUGGGCAUUUUUUUUUAUAUUCUUAUAACACCAAAUAUUGUGUUUAGGCCACAGCUACCGACUCUCCAGAUAUCAGUUUCGCCCAAAACUUUUUAAAGGGCAGGUAGGAAUGAGGGUGGAAUUAAAUUUAAAUUAUGCUUGUGUCCACACUGCCAGCGAGGGGUGUGAUUCCCCUGCUCAUGUACACAUACUCACUCUAGCUCUUUUCAGUACCCACCUGAAACCAGUAGAAAUGUAUGCACUCAGCUCAGCCAUAUCUCUGCUGCUGCUACAUUGCUAUUUAUAUUUGCACUAGCUGGAUGAGAGUGCAAGUAUGUAUAAACAAUCAGGGGAAUCACACCUCUUGCUGGCAGUGUAGACAUAGUUUAAGUCUUCAGCAAAAAUGGGGAGCAGCUUAGAAGUUAAAAAAAAAAAAUACAGUAAGUCUAUUUUAGCAUAAUCUUGUAAGUGGAGAGCAUGGGUAGAAAAUUAGUGAUAUGGGAGGGAUUCUAGAUACUUAACACUGCUUGAUGCAUUUGAUGGAGCAUUAGGUUGUAGACUUAAGUCUUAUUAGAGAUACAUACUGGGUUUUGAAGCAUUGGUUAAGAGGGACAGGAAUAGGAGCUGAGGAAUUUAAACUUCCUUAUAGUGUUAAGGCAUAAGAUGGUUAAUUUUUUGUUUAGCCACUUUGGUUUGUUUUUAAUGUGCGUGGAUGGUAUGCAGGCAGUGACAGCUAAUUCAUGGUCCAACAAGUGGCACUGGCCUUGCUGCAUAUAUUGACGCUUCAGUGGCUUUCACUCUUUAACUCCAAGAAUGCGUAGUAUGCGUUUCUGUAUAUUUGACCCCCUAAAGGCUAAAACCACCGAGAGUAAAAAUAGGGCUGAGUACAAGUAGCAAAAUUAGAAGACCUUGUCAUAUCACUAGUCCUGCUACAGAAUUCUAACUGAAGGCCUGAAUUUAAAUGCAGAUUUCCAAUUGAAUUCCCAUUGCAAUCAUUGGCAGAGCUUUGCUUUGCUUCCUUAUCAGCCUAAUUAAUAGUUCAGUCAGUAUAUGCUAACAGCAUUCUAUUACAUGUUAUGAAUACCAGGUAAGAUGUAUAAAGCCUACUGAAAUGUUUACAGUUCUGUUGGUGCGCUAAAGGUAUUUAACUGACCGGUUUGGGCAAUACUGUCACAGUUUAAACUAGCUUUCCCAAUGAACAUAUUAUACACUAGGUUGCUUUUUGAACUGCUGGUAGGUAUAUAUGGUGGCUAUGAUGCACACAAAAGUGUAAAUACAGGUUGUCUUGUUAUAAAUGUAACAUGGUUUACAGUUGAUUUCCUCUGAGACGAGGAAUAAACAGAUCAGACAGUUACGGAAUUUGACCCGUGCUAACUAAUACUAGUUUCAAAGUGUAGGAAAAAAAACCUCUAAGAAUGCAUAAAUGUACUUCAAGAAACUGAAUUUUAAAAUACUGACAUUACUGAAAUGUUUUAAUGACCUUAACAAAAAUGUCUUGCAUAUUCUGAAUAAAUCAUGAUGCUGAA